AGCAUGCACACACAGCACAGCAGCACAGCAACUGCGUACGUGCAUUAUACGAGUACCACCAUGGAGCUAUGCGUGUACGAAUCCAAAGAGCAGCAUAUUAACAGCCCGGACAUGGCUGCCGACAAUAAAGCUGAAGCGACUAAGUACGCGCUGGACGUACAGCUGAUCAGUGCUGUGCGAGAAUUCCCGCUCCUCUACGACCCCACGGCCAGGAAUUACCGCGACCCGGAGAUAGUGACCGAUGCCUGGCGAGAGAUCGCCAAAGCAAUCGGGGCAAACGAGUGGACGGAAUGUAAGGAACGAUGGAGGAAACUGAGAGAUGCCUACGUCAAGGUGAAGAAAAGCUCGACUUACCAGCCGAUUGGAAACAAGAAGCCGAUAACAUGGGUGCACUACGAAGACAUGUCGUUCCUGGCUGACCAUAUCAAGCACCGGGGGAACGAGAAAAGGGGCACGAAAAGGUCCCUUGAUGUUGAAGAUGAAAUGCAAGAUGCGAGCGCUGCAGAGGCUUUGGAGGAGCCUCAAGUUGGCUCCAGCAGAAGAAAGGAUGGCAAGAAGGGACGCAAGGUACCACCGUCGGUAGAUCCCAUGCAGGUGACUAUCAUGGAAGCCCUGGCCCAAGGUGCAAACACCUCCAAGAUGCCUACGGAUGUCAUCCUGGAUGAUGAAGAGGGUUUGUUUGGGAGGAUGGUAGCAGCCACCUUGAGGCGGUUCCCUCCACGGGCCAAGGCCAGAUGCAAGUUCCGCAUCCAGGAGAUUAUCUUCCAGCAAGAGAAUGAAAACCUGGGUGGCUCUGUCUAGAUUGAGUGCCCAUGUCAUGUCACAAAGUAUGAAAGUCACACCGACAAUGGACCCUCUGCUCAACUUAUAGGCCCAUUGCAAGGCUCCCCAGUCACGUGGGGAAAUUCUGGAAUUUAAAGCCAUCAUGGAAAGUCAUUUAAAAAUCAUGGCUUUUGUUGUUUUACAAGGAAAUCAUGGAAAGUUGAUAUUCCAACAAACAGUCAAGGAAGAUUCAUGGAUUUCUGCACAACCCAUGAGUAAUAUAUGGCUAUGGCAGUCUUCCAGUUUGCAUUCCAGUUUAUUAGGCCUAUAUACUUCCUCUUUAGGCCC